GCCAACCUACCUCUCGCCCCAGCCUGGAUAGGGCAGGAGCGGGUGCGGGGGCAGAGUGCUGGGGGGGCAUCCUCCCCCAGACCCACCUGCCCCUCCCGAGACCCAGGGAAAAUUCCGAGGUGGCAGUGGAGCAGCUGCCCUGACUCCAGCCCACCAUGUCAGACUACGAGAACGAGGACGAAUGCUGGAGCACGCUGGAGGGCUUCCGCGUGAAGCUCAUCUCUGUCAUCGACCCCUCGCGUAUCACGCCCUACCUGAGGCAGUGCAAGGUCCUGAACCCCGACGACGAGGAGCAGGUGCUCAGCGAUCCCAACUUGGUCAUCCGCAAGCGCAAAGUGGGUUUGCUCCUGGACAUACUGCAGCGGACCGGCCACAAGGGUUAUGUAGCCUUCCUGGAAAGCCUGGAGCUCUACUAUCCACAGCUGUACAAGAAAGUCACGGGCAAGGAGCCGGCCCGCGUCUUCUCCACGAUCAUCGAUGCGUCUGGGGAGUCGGGCCUGACGCAGCUGCUGAUGACCGAGGUCAUGAAGCUGCAGAAGAAGGUGCAGGACCUGACGGCGCUGCUGAGCUCCAAGGAUGACUUCAUCAAGGAGCUGCGCGUGAAGGACAGCCUGCUGCGCAAGCACCAGGAGCGCGUGCGGCGGCUCAAAGAGGAGUGCGAGGCCGGCAUGCGCGACCUCAAGCGCUGCAAGGACGAGAACUACGACCUGGCCAUGAAGCUGACCCGCCUGAGCGAGGAGAAGGGCGCCGCGCUCAUGCGCAACCGUGACCUGCAGCUGGAGGUGGACCGGCUGCGCCACAGCCUCAUGAAGGCCGAGGACGACUGCAAGGUGGAGCGCAAACACACGCUGAAGCUGCGGCACGCCAUGGAGCAGCGGCCCAGCCAGGAGCGGCUGUGGGAGCUGCAGCAGGAGAAGGCGCUGUUGCAGGCGCGGGUGCAGGAGCUGGAGGCUGCGGCACAGGACGGGAAGCUGGAGCGGAGCAGCCCCUAUAUCCAAGUGCUGGAGGAGGACUGGCGCCAGGCACUUCGAGACCACCAGGAGCAAGCAGCCACCAUCUUCACUCUGCGCAAGGACCUCCGCCAGGCGGAGGCCCUCCGUACCCGGUGCUCCGAGGAGAGAGAGAUGAUUGAGCUGCAGUGCCUGGCCCUGCGCAAAGACUCCAAGAUGUACAAGGAGCGCAUCGAGGCCAUCCUGCAACAGAUGGAGGAGGUUGCCAUCGAGCGGGACCAGGCCAUGGCCUUGCAGGAGAAGCUGCAUACACAGUGCGCCCGGAGCCUGCAGGAAAAGGACGAGCUGCGCAAGCGCAUCCGAGAGCUGGGAGAGAAGGCCGACGAGCUGCAGCUGCAGCUGUUUCAGAGUGAGGGCCAGCUGCUGGCCGCCGAGGCCCAGCUCAAGCAGCAGCAGCAGCUGGACACGCUGGUCCUGAGCUCUGACCUAGAGGACAGCUCACCCAGGAACUCCCAGGAGCUCUCACUGCUUGGGGACCUGGAAGAUGACGGACAGCUCCCAGACAAAGGUGGCCUGGCCGAGAACCUGGAGCAGCUCUGUGUAUCCCUGCAGAAGGAGCCGUGCUCCCUGAGCCCCCACGACCUGGGUCCCAGUGUGGGCGGGGAGCCCCCCGAGAAGGAACGACGGCGCCUCAAGGAGAGCUUCGAGAACUAUCGCAGGAAACGAGCGCUCAGGAAAGUGCAUAGCGGCUGGCAACAGGGUGAGGGCGACCGCGGGAACAGCAGCGGCAGCGACAACACGGACACAGAGGGCUCCUAGCGCGUCAGGGAUGCGCAGACUCUUCCCCAAGGACCUGGCGUCCUAUUCGCAUUGUACUCUAAAUGUGCAUUGUAGGAGUCUGCAGCACGCGACUAAGUAAAUAAAAACAACCUGCGAGGCAA